CAUCAGGAUGGUAUAAAAAGUGUGAGAGGUGUAAGAGGCUACAGUAGAGCCAUCGCAAAGAAGAGACAACUUCUGCUUAGGGAAAGAACUGAGGACUGCAGAUUACUGAAUAUGGAGACCUUGAAGAGUGCAAGGAAAGAUGACUCGGGUGAAGCUGGCCGCGACUUAUCCGAGCAAAUCAAAGCCGCCACUAAGGAAAACCAUAUCAGAGCUGAAAAUACAGAGCUGAUGCUCAGUUACCAGAAGGGACAGAUUACUCUGCCACAAUACAAGGUCCUGCUGUGCUCCCUUUAUGAGAUCUACAAAGCUCUAGAAGAAGAGCUGGACAGAAAUUCCUCUCAUCCAGCUGUGGCGCCUAUUUACUUCCCUCAGGAACUUUCCCGCUUGGAAUCUCUGGAAAGAGAUCUGGAGUAUUUCUUUGGCCAGGACUGGAAGAAGAGAGUGAUUGUCCCUGCAGCCACACACAGAUAUGAACAGAGACUGAGAAAGAUUGGCAAAGACAACCCUGAGCUACUCGUUGCCCACGCCUACACCCGCUACCUCGGCGAUCUGUCAGGCGGACAAGUAUUGGGAAAAAUCACUCAGAAAUCUCUGGGGUUGAGCAGCAAAGAGGGGCUGUCGUUCUUCUCCUUCCCCGGCGUGAGCAGCCCCAACCGUUUCAAGCAGCUGUACAGGAGCCGGAUGAACAGCGUGGAGCUGACCGAGGAGGAGAAGGCGGUCGUUCUGGAGGAGGCCGUGGCAGCGUUUGAGCUGAACAUCCGGGUUUUUGAUGACUUACAGAAAAUGCUGAGCAUCACAACAGAAACGGACAUAUCAAAAAGGAGCUUGGCAGCUACCAGGGUCCCAGUGUCACCCAUCCUGCAAUUCACCAUAGGACUGUGUGUUGCCCUGGCAACUAUAGGAGCUGGAAUGUAUGCACUGUAGAAAUGUGGCUUUUAUACUCAACAUGCACGUGGAGCACUUUACAUGCUAAAUAUGAAAUCAAGAUUGAAUUUAAAUUUGAUCUAUGCAGCAGAACUGUAACUUGGAGCUUGUCGUGUACAAUGCUUUGCAAAGAAUCUGUUUCAGUUUGUCUUCUUGUAAACACAAACUCUAAUGGAUUUUACACAAUAGUAUAUAAUUGUGAAAUGGAAGGACAAUGAUGCAUGAUUUUGAAAUUAGUUUAAAAUAAAAAUCUGAAAAAUGA